AGCGCGUCGUCACUCCGACUUUGUUCAGCCAUCCGAAACUUCCUUUCCUACGCUUAGAACUUGACGUUCGAUUUUCCUGUCCCCAGAAACAUGUCUGAUCAAAAAGUUGUUUUGCUUACCGGUGCCUCGAGAGGUAUUGGCCUGUGUGCUGCUGCCGCUUUGGUAAAGCAGGCUCGCGUUGUCACUGUGAGCAGAACCAUGACUCACGAGCUUGAAGACCUUUUAAAGGCAAAUAGCGACAAAAUGGAGCAUGUCCAAGGCGACGUCUGUACCUGUGCAAAGGAAGCCGUUCAACGUGCACUGGAUCGCUUUGGCCGUCUUGAUUCUGUGAUCCUGAAUGCUGGUGUCGUCGAACCCAUUGCGAAUAUUGCCGAAGCUGACAUGCAAGAAUGGCGUAAAUUGUUUGACGUUAACUUUUUUAGCGUUGUGGAAAUGGUGAAGGAAGCACUUCCUUAUGUUCGUAAGCAAAAGGGAAGUAUAGUCAUUGUCUCUUCCGGAGCCGCUGUUCACAUUCUCCCUGCUUGGGCUGCUUACUGCUGUUCAAAGGCUGCCAUCAAUAUGUUGGUUCAAAACCUUGGCAGUGAGGAACCGGAUGUGAUGAGUGUGGCUCUUCGACCUGGUGCCGUAGAUACUAGCAUGCAAGAUUUAAUUCGUGAGGAGCGGAACAAGAAUGCUAUGGGCGACAUGCACGACUUUUUCAAAAAUCUCAAGGCCACCGGUAAGCUCGUGAACCCCGAAGACAUUGGCAAAGCUCUUACCAUUCUUUCUCUGCAGCCCACCACCAAACUCUCCGGUCAAUUUGUUGACUGGAAGACGAUUGUUCAUCCAAGCAACGAGUAAUCAUAACGAGCGAGCACGAUACGCCCGAAGAAUAGUAAAUGAAAGAGUAUGAUAAAAAGAAAGGUGUAGGGUCUGGAGGGAGGAAAAGGAGCAAUUGGGCUUGGGGCAAAAAUCUUUUAGACGUGUUCGAAUCCGAAUUAAGUAAGGGCAUCAAAACUGAACAUCUUUCCCUGUUCCUAUCCCAUCAAUUCGUCAUCCGGGUCACGUACAACGAAGUUUUCAUCAUCCGCCGUUUGUACGUACUCAGAUUGUUUGGAUCCAGUAGCAUCCUUUGAUUUGUGUUGCGCUUCAUCUUCCAAUAAAUCAGCAAAGAGGUCUUCGUCUCUGUGAGGAUUCGAGUACUCUUCGAUCCAGUGCCGACGAUGAAUCUUCAUCAUACGCCGUUUACCAAGAGACUGCAGGCCGAUGAUUGUGUCGUCAAACUUUGCUUUUGGAAACAUCUCGUGUGCCCACAAUUGGUAGAAAGCCAACAACCGUUUCAUGUCCUGUGCUUCAUGAUUCUUUCCCUUGAAACGUAGUGAAGGAGCAGUUUUACGUAGCCGCGGUAUACCGUUUUCGGACAGCAGACUAAAAAAAGGAAUAGGUUAGUAAGUGAAUUGAGUCAAAAUCUCAACAACGCAUAAAUAUAACGUGUCGUCGUGUCGUCGUGCCGUACUAGUCUUCAUCGAGCUUAAUUCUCGGUUUUCGUUCCUUCUUAAUGACGACUUCUUCAUCUAAACCUAAGUCAAACUUUUCCUCUUCGGGUUUUUUUCCAUCUGUUGAAGGAACGUCGGGAAUGUUCGUCAAUUCACUAAGAGCAGAUCCUCCAUAAGGUUCUUUUGCCUGUUUUUCGGACAUAGAACCGUAUUUUCAGCUACAAAGAGUUUGGGAAAGGGCAAGUUGUGUUGUGUUGGCGAAACAUA